AAGAGGCAUCUGAAUUAUUCAAGAGAGAGAUAAAGAUAUUAAUUGGAGGACUCUCAGGCAGUUUGACUAAAUGUAAUGUUGACAUGACCUUAAGACUUUUAUUCUCUUGCAUUUAUCUUUAUUUAUCUUCAGAGAGACACCAUCUCCUGUUUGUUUACACCGUCCUCAGCAAAUCUGAUGGAGUCUCUGGUCCUGUGUUCAGUGCAGUGUGUGUGUAUGACGACCGAUGGAUCUCUCACUACAGUAAUGAAGAACACUGGAAAAGAGAUUGUUUGGAUGCAGAAAUCUGGAGAUAUACCAGAGAACCUCAUGAAUCUAGAGACUGGUUCAUAAAUCUGGUUAACUCUCUGGCAAACUGCACAAGCUCCAGAUGUGAAGGCCUCCAUACACUACAGAGGAGAGUCGGCUGUGAGGUGGAGAAACAUCCAGAUGGAGCAGUGAUGAAUGUGAACGCACUUGACGAGUACGGAUAUGAUGGAGAGGAUUUUAUUUUCUUUAAUUAUGACACAAUGAAGUGGAUUGAAAAAAGUCCAAAGGCAAAAGAAACCAAAAUGAAAUGGGACGCUGACAGAUUUCGCAAUCAUUAUCUCCAGUUCUACCUCAAAGACUGCAUCGACUGGAUCUCCACAUAUAAUGCUUCGAUUAACACUCCUCCAGUUCUUCACAUGUUUGCAUCUGCAGCUCCUCAUGACCAAAGCGAGCUGAAUCUGACCUGUCUGGCCACUGGCUUCUACCCCAAACACAUAGAGAUGAAGAUCACGCUAAACAACAUCACAGUCCAACCCUUCAGCUCUUCUGGAGUCAGACCCAACGAUAACCAGACCUUUCAGGUGAGAACCAGUGUGAAGAUACACAGAGAUGAGAAACGGGGUUAUGAGUGUCACGUCCUUCACAGCGGUCAGACAUUUACAACAUCAUGGGAUGGAAGCCUUGGUUCUAGAAGUCAUCACUGGGCAGAAGUAGCUGCAGGUGCUCUUGUGAUUUCAGUUCUAUACAUCAUGUGUUUACUCUACAAAAACAGAAGGUUCAACGGCCAGAUGAACUGCAGUAGUUCCACCACAGAACAUGGGAACAUCACCUCGAGAUCAGCAGAUCCCCUGACUGCAAGUGAUUCAGAUGAAAACAAUGAACUGCUGCAGAUUAAUUUAACCUAAUUUCUGUCAUGACAAAUCUCGUAUAGGUAAUGUACAUGACAGUGUUAAUGUAUG